GCGACGACGACGCUCAACCAAGAGAGCGUAGUGGAGAGCUGCCAGAAACAUCCCGCUGGAGAGGAUGGCUAGCUGAAGAAGUUAUCCUAAAAUAUAAUGUAACUCCAACCAGCCACCGCUGUUCCAAACAUUGUAAAGGGAUUCCCUGGGCGGGUUUUCGACAUUUCAUAUGUAACACACUCAAGAGGAUCCAUGUCUUUUCUUCGUUGGGUAACUGAGAAACUGAGUGUGGAGAGCCUGCGGGAUUUGGAGUUAUUUGGAGAGCAAGCUCAGGGACUCUCUCACAGGAAAGCCCAUGAGGACAGCCAGGAGAGCCUGACCUCCCUCCCACGUCGGGACACGAUGGGCAGCUUCCUCCCUGACAGCAGCUCCUACGAGCUCCUUACUGUUAUCGGCCGGGGCUUGGAUGACUUGAUGACAGUGAACUUGGCUCGAUACAGACCCACCGGGGAGCACGUAGCCAUCCGACGGAUUGACUUGGAGUCAUGCACUAAUGAUAUGGUCACCUACCUGCAGGGCGAAUUACAUGUGUCGAAGUUGUUUCACCACUCCAGUAUUCUACCCUACAAGAGUGUCUUUAUAGCUGAGAAUGAACUGUGGGUCAUCACCCCCUUCAUGGCUUAUGGGUCAGCCAGAGAUCUGAUCUGCACACAUUUCGCUGAUGGUAUGACUGAGUUGACUAUUGCAUACAUUUUGCUGGGCAUGCUCAAAGCACUCGAAUACAUCCACCACAUGGGAUAUGUGCACCGGAGUGUGAAGGCCAGCCAUGUGUUGAUCUCAGCAGACGGACAGGUCUGCAUGUCAGGUCUAAGGAGCAUCUUCAGUCUGAUCCGACAUGGCCAGAGGGCCAAAGUUGUCCACGACUUCCCCCAGUACAGCGUCAAGGUGCUGCCGUGGCUCAGCCCUGAGGUGCUGCAGCAGAACCUGCAGGGCUACGACUCUCGGUCAGACAUCUACAGCCUCGGCAUCACGGCCUGCGAACUAGCAAAUGGACACGUGCCCUUCAAAGACAUGCCAGCUACACAGAUGCUGCUGGAGAAGUUAAAUGGGACGGUGCCAUGUUUGCUGGAUACCACCACGAUCCCACCAGAGGAGCUGUCCAUGAAACCAUCUCGCUCUGGGGCUGACUCGGGAAUCUGCGAGGGUCCAGGAGCUGGGGGUAUUCGCCAUUCCAAUGGAGAGCCCUCCUCUUCAUCAGGAGGACACCCCUACAACCGCACGUUUUCCUCGCACUUCCAUGCCUUCGUGGAGCUGUGUUUACAGCGAGACCCAGAAAAGAGACCAUCUGCCACCACUCUCGUAGGCCAUCCUUUCUUCAAACAGAUCAAACGCCGGCCCUCAGAGGCGCUGCCUGAGCUGUUGCGGCCCGUGUCACCAAUCACCAGCUUUGAGAGUUCCCAGCCGCAGGACUCUCCCUCUGGACUGGCCAGUCUGGAGUCGGGUCUCAGCCACCUGGAGGUGGACGACUGGGACUUCUGACAGUGGAGGACUAGGUGGGAAGACACUAGUGGGAUUUUGAUGGAAAACUCUCUGAGCAUACAGGACGGGAUUCGUUUUUGUAAUGGUCCUCUUGUAAAUAAUUUAAAUCUCAAACUAAAAAGGAGUUGCUGUUCUCAGAGGUUAAAGCCAGCAGCCAUCUUGCCUCUCUUUGAUGUCUCUCACAUGCUUUUGUUCUCUAGAUAUGCACAGACUCUUGCACUGCACUGAUGGCCUCUCUCUCUUUAUUUCACACACACACACACACACCUGUUUACAGAUUGUACUCACACAUUACAACAGGACCCCUCUGUUCCUCAUUCUGUUGCUGAGGUUUCAGAGGAGGAUCUAUGGAUGUAGAUGUAGCCGAGACCUUAAGAUUCUUAAACGGAUCAGUGGGAAGCUGCUACUAAAUAUUCAGAGGGGACACUCUACCUCUUGUUUGAACAUGGCUGUAUUAUGUGGCCCAUCUGCUCGGUGCGACCGCCAUAAGGGUGCACACAGGUCCUCACAGCUCACUCACCCCUCUGUACACCAUAUGGAGGGCUUCGACUUUGUCCAAAGGGUCAACUAAUUGAACAGCAUGUAUACGCAUUUAUUUCUCUGCCUGUGUUACAGUGUAAACUACAUCUCAUGCUUAACACUUCACUUUUGUUGCACAGAGGUUAAACCAUAACAUCUGUUUACUUUAACCUUCACAGCAUAGAAGUAUGUAUUUCCUUGAACUUACUCUGGGUGUGAUGUUACUUAUGUCAGAAGUGAACGUUACAUUGGUGCUUGUUUUGUCUGCAUGUACGUUUGAAAGUGAGGGCAAAGCAAUGUGUUGCAAAUGUCAAACUUGACUUUUAACAAUAAACGUUGUUCACUUAAAUGUUGUAA